AUGAGUCUCUUUCAUUUCUCCCUUGUCUGUAUCGGAGUGCUCCUUGGGAACUUUUGUGGUGGUAAGGUGAUCAGGUUGAAGAUAUCCGUACAACAAACUAAACGCUCGGCGCCUUGGAGAUUCAUCGUGGCUCCCUUGAAGGUCGACACUCAAGAUCUUUACGCCAUCGUCGAUACUGGGAGCCCGUACACUCAGUUGAUAUGGAAAACUUGGUACGAACGCCUCCCCGGCGGCCGGUGCGAUGAACUUUUCUACAAGUGUUAUGACUGCAAACCAAAGUCUUAUGAGUUGAAUGCCGCCAAGAAGAUUAGUUUUAUUGACAAAUCUUCGCUGACCAUAUUCCCAUUUUCUGGGCACUUCCACUUCAACGAUGCGACUGUCGAGGACAUAGACUUCGGAGUGGUGAAGGGUGCCUCACACUCUGCCUGGGCAGCUGUCGGCCUCGGACCACAGGACACCAACCCGCCGUUUCCGCGCUUUGUUGAUCAGCUACUGUCAUCGGAAAUCGUCGAUAGUCCUGUUUUUGCGGUUUACUUAUCGUCUGGGAACUCUCCAUCAGGCGAACUUAUUAUUGGUGGUGAAGAUGCUAGUAAAUAUGACGGUCCCCUGGAGUAUAUUGGUACUGCAGACAAACAGCAGCACACCGGCGAACUACAAGCAUUCGCCGUGGGAACUAAGUGGCAAGAUGAGCCCGGGCCAGUUAUCUUUGACACAGGUUCCUCCUUGAUAAGUAUCCCUAAGCGGCUUCGUGAAGAGGUCAUAGUUCUCCUUAGUACCGCCGGCAAGAAGAAGGUCGAGGUUAUGGAAAAAGACGACGUCUUCGGCGUCGACUGCAAAGAUGUCAGCUUCUUGCCGUCGAUGAGGUUCACUGUGAGAGGAAUACCCGAUAAAGCCGAUGUUACGCUUGCGAUAUCUCCUGGAGCAUACAUCGUUUCACCCGAGCCUGACGUAUGUAUCUUGGCCAUUCAUUUCGGUGAAGGGUGGAUUUUGGGGUUACCAGCAUUUGUCGGUCACUACUACUCCUUCGACUGGGCUGGAGCAAAAAUAGGUGUCGCCAAGCUCAAGGAAUGA